CACAUCCGGGUUAGAGUGGAAACAUGCUUUUCAUCACACCGUGUAGUGUAGUUAGCCAAAUAAGACUUACCGGGUAGCUGCAAUGCCUCUUGUAGUAAUGUGUGGUUACCCCUGUAGUGGCAAAACACGGAGGGCAGAAGAACUGAAGGAGUAUUUUGAACAGAACACAGGCCGAAAGGUUCACGUUGUGGGAGAGAAAUCCCUGGACGCUGAGAAAAACAAUGUCUACUCAGAUUCCCAACAAGAAAAGAAUGUCCGAGCGGCUCUAAAAGCUGAAGUGGAGAGGAAAGUCAACAAGGAUGACAUUGUCAUUUUGGAUUCUUUAAAUUACAUUAAAGGUUACCGGUAUGAACUGUUCUGCCUCAUCAAACACGCACAGACACCACACUGCCUGGUGUACUGUUUGACGUCGGAUGAUGUGAGCACAUUGUGGAAUACUGAAAGAGAUUCCUCUGAGCAGUACACCCAGGACAUCUUUGAUGCUUUAGUGCUGAGGUUUGAAGCCCCAGACUCCAGAAACCGAUGGGACAGUCCUCUCUUUACCAUAUUGAAAGAUGACAACCUGCCAUAUGAAGCCAUUUCUGAUGCACUUUUCAAAAGGAAAGCGCCCCCUCCUAACCAGUCUACACAAAGUCAACCAUUGUCGUCUACAAACUUCUUGUACGAGUUGGACAAGAUCACACAAGAAGUGUUGAUGGUCAUUUUCAAUGCACAGAAGACAAGUGUUCCUGGAGAUCUCCUCACAGUUCCCGGCGCUACAGAAAAAAUCGAGCUCACCAGGAGCAUCAACAUGGCAGAGCUGAGGAAGUUACGGCGCCAGUUCAUCAGCUACGCCAAGACGCACCCGGCGGAGAACACCGGACAAAUCUCCAACAUGUUUGUGCAGUAUUUGAAUAAGAGUCUUCACUGACAUUUUACAGGAUCGUUUUUUUAUUUGCUGUGACGAAUAAAUUAUUUUUAAGUA